AUAGUAGUACAUUAUUCGCUAGUGCCGUUGUAUGUUAUCCUUCAAAAGCAGACCCGGUAGAAAUACCACCUAUUCAAUAUAUCCGCCCUUUCCCUUGUCUUGUGCACACAAUGGUCUUCUUACCUUCAACUACCUCUGCUACUUCAACGGUCGAUACUGGUCUCAAGCGUAGCCAUGUCGACUUUUCUCGCCAUCUAUCAUCGGAAGCCCGUGCCAGGCUCCCAAACCCAAUUAAAUCCAUCUGGAAAGCUGCUCAGGUCAAAGCUGGCACCAUCAACAUGGGAAACGGUGACCCACACCAUACGCUAUAUCCCAUAUCUGAGAUGAAUUUUGUCGUUCCUUCCAUUGACGAGCAUGACCCCGUGCAAUCAUGGAGGUCUGGCACUGGCGAGCAAAAUAUCAUCGCGUCAUACAAGGACGACCCCUGCGCUUUGAGCCUCCGUACUGCCUUUGCGUACGGUGCCGGAGCAGGUCUUCAGCACGUCCGUGAUGCCCUCGCAGACCUCAACGACCGAAUCCAUUCUCCCCCCAAUCACACCGUCUCGCUCAGCCUUGGCAAUGCGGAUGCACUGACAAAAUGCUUCCGUCUUCUUGGUGAUCGGGGCAACUCUUUCCUUUGCGAAGAAUUUACUUUUUCUGCUAUGACCAACGCUGCUCUGCCCCUAGGCAUUGAAUGGGUCCCAGUCCGGAUGGACAAAGGUGGACUCGUUCCUUCGGAUUUGGAACGGAUUUUGUCCAACUGGAACGAAGUGACGCAGGGUAAACGGCCCCACGUGCUUUAUACAAUUCCGUGCUCGCAGAACCCAACAGGAAGCACUCUUUCGUUGGAAAGAAGGCAACAGAUUUAUCAAAUCGCACAUGACUGGGAUAUCAUCAUCCUUGAGGAUGACCCAUACUUCUUCCUCCAGUACGAUCUUGGCGUGGACCAGAGCACCAUACGACAGUAUGGGUACACGCGCGCCAUGGCGGAAGUUCUCCCUCGGUCAUUCCUAUCUAUGGAUUACGAUGGACGCGUAAUGCGCUUGGAUAGUUUCAGCAAAAUCGUUGCCCCCGGAAUGCGACUUGGCUGGGUCACGAGCAACAACUUCUUGGCAGAGAAGCUCGACAUGCUAACGGACUCGUCUUCGCAGCAUCCACAUGGCAUGGGCCAAGCCUUCGUUGCCGAGUUGCUUGGCAGUGAUGGUUGGGGCGUUGAUGGCUUCAUGAAGUGGAUUUCAUCGCUGUGCAACGAGUAUCAACGUCGGAGGGAUCUCUUCAUGGAUGUCUUCCGGCAGAAGGUUGCUGUUUCCGGGUUCGCUACUGCGGAGGUACCUCAAUCUGGGAUGUUUGUCUGGAUUAAAAUCAACCUCGAGCACCACGCACGAUUUUCAACAUCUCAGACCCCGACGGUGCCAGGCGGUCCGACAACGAACACCGCGGACCUUAUGGACGAGCUGUUCAGGAAGCUGCUGGAUUGCGGCUUGGUCAUGAUGCCCGCAUCGACAUUUGCCAUUGUUGAUCGCACCGGCCGGACCACGGGGAACCAUAUCGGUGAUCGAUUGAACUUCUUCAGAGCAACGUUCGUUGGUACAGAUGAAACGAUUCGUGAUGGCCUUACAAUCUUCGGCCGCGCCCUAGAAGAAUUCUUCUGUUUCUAGAUUUCAUAUCAAGCUUUCCGUUGACGGUAACUCGCUUGUUUCGUUCUAUGCACACUUGGCGUGCACGCAAGACCUUGGUAUUCUACACACCGUUCGCAUUUGUUAAUAUAUAAUCACUCUGCACUCAUGACUCGUCGAUAUGUUGUGUAUUAGCUUGACUUGAACGUGUACUACUUAUAUAUACACUAACUACAUCCUACUCUAUUAUAAUUAACUUGCUUGGAUCUUGGUAACAAUGUCUCCCGAGUCGACUGGUCCGACUGGG